CAGAUUAUGGAAAUCGUCAAAAAAUGAACGAAAUUGUGAAAAUAAAGUAAGAAAUAAAUAAAUGAAAUAAGAAAGUAAAGAUAUACAAUUAUGAGAAUUGUUUUUUUCUUGUAUUUUGUAAAAUGUCAUUGAAAUUAAAAUACAAAAAUUCUCCAGUUGACGUGGAAAGUAUAUUAGACUAAUUGUGGAUUGUUAAUUAAAAGUUCGUGAAUUGUUCCAAAAAAGUUUAAAAAAAAUAAAACAAUGGCAACUAGAAAUCUUACCGAUGCGUUUGUUCUUAUGAGAAAUAAUGCAUUGCAAACUAAACGGAUUUAUGCUGAGCAGAAUCUGUCAGACAGAAUGGCUUUGGUGGAAAUGGGAAGUCCCGAUAGUUUUGAAAUGAAUGGUACAAAUUUAGGUAAUAGUGCACCUCCACUUUGGAUAGAUGCUUUAGAGGAGACACAAUAUAUUUUGAGUCGUCUACGUGUGAAAAUUGAAGCAUUACUCGAUUUACAUUCGAAACAAUUAACAAGACCAACAUUGGACGAUACGCCUCAGGAGGAGAGACAAAUAGAUCAAUUAACGAGAGAAAUAGGCCGAGCAUUUUCAACGGGCUAUAGACAAGUGCAAACAAUAAAAAAUGCAUCUCAACAUGAAACAAGACCAGCAGAGCGACGUCUUGCAAUGAGUGCAGUAAUGGCUUUAUCGUCUGCACUUCAGGAUAUGGCAAUUCGUUAUCGAACUGCACAAAAUCAUUAUUUACAACAGGUGAAUUCAAGAGAAGAAAGGAAUAGAAAAUUUUUUGAGGAUGAACAAACGCCAGUAUUAAAUGGAUCAAUGGAUUUGUGGCUUGCUGAAUCGUCACAAAAUGAUGUGAAUUCAAGUUUUUGGCAAGAGGGUCAACAAAAGCAGGAGUCAAUUCUUUUGAAUUUUGACGAGGCUGAAGAUAAUAUAAGACAGGCAUUGGAAAGAGAACAAGAAGUUGGUCACAUUGUUCACAGUAUUUCGGAAUUAAAUCACAUAUUCAAAGAUCUUGCGAAUAUGGUUCAAGAUCAGGGCACUGUUUUGGAUCGAAUCGAUUAUAAUAUCGAGCAGACUCAAGUUCAGGUUUACGAGGGUUAUCAACAGCUUAAAAAAGCUGAUUCUUACCAAAGAACAAAUCGUAAAAUGUAUUGUAUUUUACUUUUAGCUGGGGCAAUUGUUAUUCUCAGUUUUCUUUUUGUUGUACUGAAAACUUAGUAAAUUUUUUUUUUUUAUUCUUAAAUUCCAAAGCUAUUUAAUUAUUAUACGAACAAACAAUUAGAGAAUUAAGAUUGAGAUUUUUUUCGAAUGUGAAUGAAAAAGAUUUUAUUGAAAUUUAAACUUUAGGCAAAAUAGAAUUUAAAUUUCUAAUUUUUUUAUUCAUAAUUUAGCAGAAAUAUUGAAAAUAAGCUACAGUUUAAAAUUUAGAUAAAUUUGUUCGUAAAAAAAGAGGUCCAAUGAUAAUUCGAACAAAUCGUUUGUAUGUAUAUACGUGUAAUUGUAUUUAUAUAAUUGUAAAUAUGUGCUUUCUUUAUUGAAUAAUUUGUUGUAUUUUGUUAUUUAUCAAUUAGCUGUGAAAUGAAAAAAAGAAAAAUAAAUUAUUAUUUAA